AUGCAAAGCAGCAGUCGUACUCCAGCUCAGCUCUCGGCCGUGCAAAUAGGAUAUCUGGAGUACUUUGAGGAGCAGUUGUACGACACCAAGCUGACCGGUCAGACUUUCCGGCAUCCGACCUCGCAGAGCUCCGACGACACGUCCACCUCGCUCAGCCGAUCGCCCGUCUCCCUCAACAACAAGAGACCCGACUUCAUCUUCCUGCCGGCGUCCAAACAGCUGUACGACGAUGAAACCUCCUCCUCGGUGUUUGGACUGAGGUCCGUGACCGACCCGUCUCCCUCCCUGUCCCCGUCGCCCUGCGGCUCCGAUCGACCCCCGCUGGGUUGGAGCAGCAACAACAGCAGCAGCAGCACCGCCACGUCUGCUACCACGGGACCGCCGGUCGCAGACAAACCACGCUGGCAGCUCGGGAGACGCACACCGGGCCACUUCAUCCCGCUGGACGUCACAGGUGAAGGGAGAGGAGGGAAAUUCCACGGUGUCGACCUUCUCCAGCACUCACCGUCCCCAUCCCCCUCUCUAGGGGACCCCUUCCCCCAACAGCCCCGCUCCCUGGAGCCUGUCACGGACACCUUCCACCAGAACCUCCCCCUGAGGAAGACACACUCUGACCUCGACACAACCUCACCUGCAGAUAACACUUUGGAGCAGCGUGCCCCGGACCAACUUCACACAGGAACUAUGGACCACUCUGGGCUGCUGUGCUCAAACACACCCUCCGCUUCCUGGAACGGACCUAAGGGCUCCACUUUUUCUCCCGGAGCGUGGAACGAGCCUUACAAUUACACCAUGAACAAAGGCCCAGCCGUUCCGCCUAAACAGCACAGCAUCAUCGGUUCAGCAGGUGGUGGGACGCAGGAUGGGGUGAUGUUGGUGGGCUCAGGACAGUCAGUGAGCUCACAUUCUAGUUCAUUCACGUCUGUGACGAACCCUUCUGGGAGAGGAGGGAAUAGCAUGCCAGGGAUUUCACUUUCAGCGGCGAUGAUGGGGAAGCGGAGCGAGACAGAAGGUGCGGCAGCGGAUGGAGGAAGGGGAGGAGGAGGAGGGGGGGGAGUUGGGGAGGCAGGGAGAGGGCGGGAGAGGUCGGCACGUUCCAUAGCAGCGGCCAACGCCUUCAAGUUCCGGGAGCGUUCCCUAUCUACGCCCACGGAGUCUGGUUCUUUCUGCUUUACAGAAGGUGGUUUAGACCAGCCAGACGGGAACAUCUUGCCUACAGGGAACGGGAAUGCUAUGGCAAUAACAGACCACCAACAACAGCAUCAUAACUUUCUGGGUUUGGGUGAGAACUAUGCCCUUCUCUACCCUAGAGGGAGCUCCGAAGACAGCACCAGUACCACCGACACAAUCUCUGUCACAGCUUCAGACUACAGCGCCGAUGGCCGCUUGCGCCUACGAUCCCGGUCCAUCUCGCUUAAGAAAUCCAAGCGCAAGCCGCCUCCUCCUGUGAGGAGCGUUUCUCUAAUGAAGAACCUUGGAGAAGCCGAGGGGAGAAUCCACCAUGAAAGCGGUCUUUACCGGGAUGGCCGGCCAAAGAGCCUGCACAUCCCAAGGGACCACUUCCCAGACUUCCAGCCCGAUUUCCUCCUUCCCAGCUUGUCCUGCUCCUCUAAACCCAAUAUUGUUGAGCGGGAGCUAAGCCAUGGAGGCGCUGAUGGACCUCCAAGCCUGGAGAUCCAAGCACCAGAUAGGGAAGGAGAGACAGAGUUGACCUUCCCCGCUCACUGGCAGCUGGGGGAGUGGAAGAAUGACCCUUACAGGUCUCUUUCAGGCUCCAGCACAGCAACAGGUAUCACAGUGAUUGAACGUAUGAAAAUCAGAGGUAGCUCGGAGUCCCUGCUUGAUUCUCCCUCCACCUCCAGAGCCACCUCACCCUCACAACUCUCCAUGGAAACUGACAUCAAGGCAUCCUCGCCCUUCAAACCUCCAGGACUUAUGUCCCCAUCAAGUGGCUAUUCCAGCCAGUCAGAGACUCCGACCCCAACUGUUCCACUCAGUCACAUGGCAGGUCACGGGACAGUAGGGACAUUGUGUAAGUUGCGUCCGAAGAUCCCAGAGAGGAAAUCAUCGCUACCAUCGCCCAAGGACCCAACUGCGAGGUCUAGAUUGUCCUUUGAGAUGCCUGGAAAUGCACAUAUGGAGCUGUCAUCAAUCAAGCCAAAGCUAAAAGCAAGCAGACGACAUUCUGACACCUCGACGGCAGCAAAACCGGGAAAAAUCAGCCCCAGCUCCUCACAGGCCUUGCCUGUGGUUACCCAGAAUGAGCUGAAGACUAUUCGGCUUCGCUCUGUCUCUCGUGGUGACUUGGAGGACUGCCCUGAUGGGGCGUCUGACACCAUUGAAGAAGAACAGCAUGGCCGAGACUUAGGCGAGGAACCCAGCCCACCACCCACUCUACCAAAACCCAAACCACCUGUUGCUGUCAAGCCCCCGUUGCCCAGGCGGCCCCUAAACCUCCUCCUUAAGUCUCCUUCCCCCUCUUCCACUUCUCCCCUAGCCCUGGACUCACCUCCUGGCUCACCUGUGGAACGGCCCGUGCCCCUAGGCAACAUCUACAAAGUUAUGAAAAAACCCAAACCCAAAAGACCUACUCCACAAUCAACAAGUCCCUGUGUUCACCCAGAUUAUGCCACCGCUCCGCACACUGCCUAUGACCAUCCAUUCCUUCACCACUCCCAGUCCCUCUUUGAUCUCCCUCCUCUUCCAGACCCACAGCCUCUUCUGGAAGACCAAGCGAUGGAGCCUGAAUUUGAUGCUUAUCCAGAGGUCCGUCUUGGUCCUGGGGAUGGAGGCUCACUUCCCUCUCCCUACAGUAACGAGGAGGCCCCGGAGCUCCAGGACAAGAGCAAGACCCUCCCCUCAAGGAUGACAAUCUCCUGUCUGGCAGAGCUGUCAGACAAAAAGAAACCCAAGGUUCCACCUCCAGUCCCCAAGAAGCCAAAUGUCCUGCUUCUUCCCUCGUCUGUCCACUCCUCCACCAAUGGCAGCACAGAACGUCAGACCCCACAGACCGACAGCCCUGUGGGUCUUCAGUCUCCUGUAGGAACAUUCUCACCAGAAGAGUUUCCUAGUUCUCCUAGUGUUCUCGACAUGCUAGAGCAAGAUGAGAACCACUUGGGGACAGACGAGGAGAGUUCAAAAGAAUCAUCACUUCAUUCAUCGCUGCAGGAUUCUUCCCUCACAGAGCUGGGAGGGAAAAUGGCCAGCACUAGGAUUGGAGCAGAUGACUCAGCAGCCAAUGAGAAGAUGGUACUCCACAUCGCCGAGGAAACAGAUGAUGACACGUUGCCCAGCACACCUGCAGCACACACCACCGAAGACCUGUUCACUAUUAUUCACAGGUCCAAGCGAAAGGUUCUAGGUCGUAAGGAGCCGACAGACUCCUUUGGCAGCCGCCAGAGCCUGGUGUCCCCAGUGAAGCACAGCAACAGCGGUAGCGACCUCCGAAAUAUGACCUUAGGAAAUCAGAGGUCGAGCUCCCGCAAUGAGAACUUCAUGGCCCUGCUUCAGAAGAAAGGCAGCAAGUCUGCCAGCGGAGGAGCCAGAGUCUCCGCUAUGGAGCUUCUCAAAAGCACAAACCCUCUGGCGCGACGGGUCACAGAGUUUUCUACCUCGUCGACGACCAGUGACGGAGGAGAGUCUGAGAAUGGCAAACCAAACGAUCAAUGAACGGGAGUAUUGUUAACGGAUGUAAACCAGGUCCGUUUGCUCUUAACAAAGCUACCAACCAAUUCUACAAUGUGCCACCCACUGCAGGUGGGGCCUUCUGACUAACAUGUCUAACCGGAUCCCUCCAACUACUGAUUGACCAUUUGCACUGUCCAAUCAAAUUGGAGCACAUUUUUGGACAAAAUGGUCCCUCCCAUGGUUGAAGCGCUAUCGUUCCCUGUCAAACCGGUCCCUCUAGGAAAUCUGUGGAGAGCAAAGUUUGCUCUCACUAUAUUUUCAAUGAAAGGUGGAAGUUUUAAGGUUAUGCUUCAACACUGCAUCUUGUUUCCCUCAUUGGGGAUACGCUCAGUGUUGAGACUGGACGCAUUGAUGGGUCGGUGGAGCAGACACUGGGAAUUUAAGGAUAUACAGUGGAUAUCUUUGCUCCUGGCUCUUUCUGGAUGAAGACAACAAGAGUCCCUAAUGAAGAAAAUGGUCAUAUAUGAAUCUGUGAUCCACAAGGAUACCAUAGAGGAUCAGUUAUCAAAUGAAUCCAAGAAACAAAUGGAAUAAAAUACACAAGAUGCGAGACUUCCAAAUGAUUCGUCUUCGAUUCAACCGAACCCCUCGUAGAACACCUGUAGACCUACAUGAAUUGAAGGGUAAAUUAUCAAUGGUGUCAUGAGGCACCUGAGAAAGCAAAUAUGCCCAAAAGUGUUGGCAUUAUAACUCUUCCUCUCUCUAUGGUAAAUGCAAUACCAUAGCCGGAAUCAGCAUUUUCAGAAAAACGGAACAUUCUGAUGUGAGCGGACGAAGCGCAGGAUUUACAAAGAAGAACCACAUGGGGGCUUUUUGCCACCAAAAAUGACGCAUGAGCAUGUCACAGAUUUUUUUGCUCGUACUAUGAACAUGAAUGUGGACCUUCACAAGACAUUCCACAGAAGUACCCAGCAAAAGGAGCGACAUCUUUGAACACGAGCACUUUUCUUUUUCCUUGGCGUUGGAGGUGGUUUCGUUGGUCACUACAUUUUCUCAUCAAACAUUAUUUUUUCAUAUAUUUUUUCCUACACAUGCUAGAUGGCCAUAUACUGUACAUGUUUCAUUGGAUUGUACUGUAUGUAUCAUGUACAAAGAUAAAUGUAACACAACGGAUAUCAUUUGCGGACACAAAGACUAAAAAUAGUGUAUAGAGCAGCAAGCAGCUUGGAAUACAAACUGGGCACAUGAUGGAGGGGAUACACAGACUCAAACAGACACACACGGACCAAGGAGUAACGCCAUGGAAGACAAACAGAGCAGACCGGAACAGUGUGUGUGUUCAUAGAAAGUGUGUGUUCAGAUGACAUCUAGCCUGUGGAGUUUCUGUACGGAGAGUAUGAAGCAGGCCUGGUUAUUAAACAGGGUUUUUAUUCAUUUUGGUCUCUGGUGACGGGACCAAAGGACUGUUAAAAACUACAAACAGACCAGAGGGGACCUAGCGGUGUGUAUGUGUGUGUAUUUGGGCGCUUGUGUAUGUUUUCAUGUGCGUGUAUAGAGGGAAGUGCCAAGAACAAAACAGAGAUAGAGCGAGAGAGAGAGAGAGAGAGCACAUACUUGUGUCUGUGUAUGCGUUUGGUAUAUUUGUGUCCUCACUACGUGUGCAUAUUUGUGUGUUUGUCUCUGUGUGUGCAUCAUCACUCCGCACUCCUUUCUUGGGAUAGGAUUAGAAUAACCUAAGCAGCCCCCUUAUGCACCCACACAUCACAGAACCCAAAGGGAUUCCGGAACCAAUAGGAUUCCGGAAUCAAGAGGAUUCAGGAACCAAUGGAUUACGGAAGCAAAAAGGAUUCUAGAACCCAAAGGAUUCUAGAACCCAAAGGAUUGGAAUACCAAACUCUGCCCGUCAUUCCAGAAUGAGGGAUUCUCGUGAUGUUAGAGCCCCAGGUCUUCACAGCACUAGCCGGAGAAUCUGUCUGUCUGUCCGUGUUGUCGCAGAGUGGCAUUACAGGAAUAGUUUCCGUUUGUUUUGCCCUCCUCCAUGCAUGUUUCUUACGUUCUGGCUGCGGUCGAAUAGUCCUUUUUUGUUUUGCUUAGGAAGGUUCCUAACUGAGUGAAAUUACCUGGAUGUAUCUUAGUGGCAGCCAUGACAGGUUGAAUUCUCUGAAUGCUAAAGAAAGGUAUCUCCUUUAGCAUGGAGUACAUUGGACCAUCCUUUAGGAAAGAAAAAGGCAACAAUGCCGCCCCGCAGAUCCACUGCAUCAUCAUCCGCCGUCGCAUAAUUACGUAGCCAAGUGUAAGUGCGCUCAGAUUUUCUUAGCUCCGCAGGUUGACCGUAUGAGCUCCCGUCACAUCUUUCCUUGACCUCCAUGAUGUUUUCCAAUGAGGUCAAGGAAAAGGGGUUAGGGAAAGAUAUAGGAAGUAAUUUGUUUUGACUGUUCGACCACAGCCUGUCUCUUUCGUUUUAGAGGUGAGGUGGCGUCUGUGCCAUCCUCCUGCACUCACUCCAUCUGUCUCUCUGCGUAUACCAUAAGCUCUCUCUCUUGUUCUCCUGUAUCCUCUCUUCUUUUGGCACAUACAGUAGCACACUCUUUCUUCGCCUAUAUCCUGCAAGCUCUUUCUGUUUUUACACGUAGCACCACCUUCCGAUCCCUUCCUCUUUUAACCCUUUCUCCAUCCUCCCCUCCCUGACCCUUCCCCACUUUCUGUUAACCCUCCCCUGUCUCUCCCAUCUCUCUCUUCCUUCUCUCUGCAUUCAGUCUAUGCAUCUGAGCUCCGCAGACGACACGACACCGGAUGAAUGUCAAUGAAUGACUGUUAAGGAACUAGAUGCUGUGCUUUAGUUUGUGAGUGCAAAACCCCAUCUUUCUAUCAAUGCUUAUCUCUUUCUUGCUCACUGAGUUUUUAUACUUUUUCUUUAACCUUUCUUUUGAGUAUGUAACAUGGAUGGAUGAAUGAAUGGAGAGGAUCUGUGCACAAACACGGAAACAGGCAAGGUUUGAAUGUGUUUUUGCUUAAAGGACCUUUACUUUUGGACUGAACGAAACACCCUGUGGUAUUUGACCCCUGACCGACCCUCAGUUCUGGAUCAGCGUGUGGACGGUCUGAGAAUUUUGGAUUAGCAGUGGUUCAGCUCUUACACCUGACUUAUCCCCUGCAUGGAUGGACCAUGUGGAGGGAGGAGGGAACCUUUCCUCUCUGGACUCCCAGAAGGCAAACUAUUCCUCGGUGCUAUUGAGUCAGAGCUCCCCCUAGUGGGUGGAAAAGUUGGAACCACACAUAACAACAGAAGAGUAAAUAAAAACUCCUUCACAUACAUCUCUCUUCCUAGUCCUUCAGGUAUUCCAUCAUCCUGAAAAAAAAAAAGAUUUUAAAAAUGCAUAAAUUAUCACCAUUUAUGAUGACUAGUCAAGUGACGCUUGUUUUAAAUAUUUAGUGAAUGAAAAAAGAUAAACCUAUAAAACUCUGUGUUUGUUUGCCUUGUAUACUGAAUUAUGGGCGUGUUGCUGUAGCGCCUACUGUGUUUUUAUUUUCAUUUUAUUAUAGUUCAUUUUUAAUUUUAGCUGCCUUGGUAGUACACACACGCAACCUUUGCAAAAAUGUGGCCAAAAUAACAAUACAGGUGUAAAAAGGAGCGUUUAUGUUUCAUUUGAAUCUGACAAGUUUGGAACUCUGGUGAGAUAUCUUACCAAACUAAUCUUUACCCAAAUCUGCAUCCAUGUACAGGUAUGCAGAGGACGGCAGUGUAGAGAUAUUUCCCCCCCUUUUAGAGCAAUAUCCAUCCAAACAAGCGAAACAACUACAAAAACUGAUUUGAACUAAAGCGACUAGACUUUGGUCAGAAUAUGGUAACAGAGCGUGAGCAGAGAUGAGUGUUAGGACAGAGCGGAUGUGUUGUUUCAGCACAACAAUAACAGAACAGUUUGCCGUGGUGUGCAUGACUCAUCUAAAAAUGGGGUUGUUAAAGGUUAGUGCGUUCAGGAUCAACGAACCACAGUGUUUGUUUUACUUCCUGUGUAGAUGGAUGGAUUAUAUCUUCAACAUGGCACAUUGGUUCGACAGUCUUUAACAGGGAAGUGAGUAGAGCUGCAACGAUUAGAUCGAAAAAUAAUGUUGAAAAUCGUAGUUUUUCAUGCAAAAAUGACAGAAGAUGCUGUUUUCAGCUUCUGAUAUGAUAGAUGUCCUGCUUAUCCCUGUUUUGUAUCAUAUUAAAGUAAAUAUAUUUACUUUUGGACUGACAAGACAUUUAAGGACAUCACCUUGGAGUUAUUAAUUAAUUAAUCGAUUCAACUAAGUGAUAAAAUAAUCGUUAGUUGCAGCACUGCAAGUGAGUAGAGGUACAAAGAAACAUGGGUAUACUGGUAAAAAAAAAAAGGGUGCUAUCCCUUUUGUGGGGGUACAAUCAUUUAAUAUUCAGAUCGAAUAUGUAAUUUCUUACAGUUUUUCAGAAGCAGAGUUUCACUGGAGGCGGAAAUAAUCUCAUUGGUUGCGUUACUGCCAGCUUGGUGCCAUAUUUUUGAUACUUUUUAGGUCACUGUCAACAUAUUUACGGACAAUGGGAACAAUUAGUCCUGAGGUGUAUUUGGUCGAUCCUUCAGCUCUUCCCAUACACACAGACCAACCAAUGAGAACACUUCAGCUUUAGGAGCAACUCUGCCUCCACGAAACGUCUGUACGAAAGUAUCUCUGACGACAUAUUGAAAAAUGACAUUUAUAUAAAGUGUGAGCUGACACUAGAAAUAUAUUGAAUAUUUAAUCCAUUAUCCCUUCUUUAGAAAUAGGGGAGAGGGGAAGGAGGGGAAAUGAGGGUGCGGAGCAAACGUUUGAUUCUGCGUAAUGUGGGGAUUAACACGUUUACACAUUCUCCGCCAUCUUUCCCUUCACCUUCUCUCUGCCUUCUUCUCAGCUGUCGCGUGACUCAGACGAGUAAUCAUGUUAAAGGCUUUCCCCUCUCUCUCUCUCACUCUUUCGUUUGCUGGGAUAAAAGCGCUGCAAUCAUUCAUUUAGUUUUAUUUUUACAGUCGCAGAGCAGCCACGAGAAUAACUUUCUUUUCUAAAGCCAACAGAAAUAUUUAUCUGAGCAACAGAGUUUGUGAGAAUAACAUGUUUACAGUCAUUUGUUAAGGACUGAAUGGAGCCACUAGAAUGCCAGACGAGCAUAAACCAAUCACACAUCCCUUCAGACUUUAGACUCCAAACUAAGUCGACCACAAGUGGCACAGACAAACUUCCACAGAAGUCUAUUGUUUUACCACUUUGUAGAGACGAGCACCAUGCAGUCGUCCUAUAUAUAAAUAUAAAUAUAAAUCGAAGCGCUGCAGCUUCACGAGAGAGUGGAAGAGGGUGAAGGAGAGAAAGAGGGGUAAUGGUUGCAUAUUUGGGCCAAAGAGUAUCUUGCAUUUGUUUUAGGGUAUGCCAGAGGGGCGGGGUUUACAGUGUGUGGACAUUUCAGGGGUACUUUGGAGUAGGCAUGCUGCCCAUCACAAAAAACUGACGUCUGUCGCUGGUAAACCCCACCCUCCUGCCACACCCAGCUAAGUAAAACAAACCCCCCAGUCAACCUCUGUUCAGGGUCUGUACAGGCAGCUUGUGAAGACAUAGAGAUGAUAGAGAGACAUAGAGAAAGAGAGACGGACGAUUUAUUGGAAUUAUUCUAUUUUUGUUAUUCCUCAUUGAAAAAGACAUAUUUAAAGGAAUAUUCCGUGUAUGUAUUGAAUAACCUGUGUUUCCCCGCCCCGUCCAGUGGUGUGACUUGUAGCUGCGAGGUGGCGUCACACACAAACGCUUCCCUCCGCAGCUAUGCAAUGCCAAUGUGAUGAAAUUAUUAUAUCAGUAUAAAUAAAUUAUUUUUUCUUGCUUAAAAAAA